GUUCGGAGUUCACUUAAAUACAGGACUGACAUCGGUAUCGGGGGGCUGAGACACUGACCGAAUCUACACCAUCUACAGGCAGUAUGUGAAUGCUAACGUUUGUCGACUGGAAAAUAUACUCACGGGGAAUAUCAGAGAGGCAUCGAAUAGCAUGGACUAAUACGCCGACUAAAUGGCACAGAUCGCGGGGAGCCUGUCUCUGAAACAGCACUACGGACGUGCGUGUUAAUGCCGGUUGUCUCGUCCAGCCCGGCGCUGGCGGCUCACUUCUUCCAGUUUGCUGUAUUUCUGCCUCGCUUUUUUGGGGGGGAAUAAAGGUUGGGAUACAUGAUGAAAUUCAAGCCUAAUCAGACCAGGACGUACGACUGCGAGGGUUUCAAGAAGCGGGCGGCGUGUCUUUGCUUCAAGAACGAACUCGAAGAGGAGGUCCUUCUGGUGAGCAGCAGCCGGCAUCCGGACCAGUGGAUCGUCCCUGGUGGGGGGAUGGAGCCUGAGGAGGAGCCGUGUGGAGCGGCGGUGCGGGAGGUGUACGAGGAGGCUGGGGUCAGAGGGAAGCUGGGCAGGCUCCUUGGCGUGUUUGAGCAGAACCAGGACCGGAAGCAUCGGACCUACGUGUACGUACUCACUGUGACGGAGACGCUGGAGGACUGGGAGGACUCCGUCAAUAUCGGCCGCAGACGGGAGUGGUUCAAAGUGGAGGAGGCCAUUGAAGUUCUACAGUGCCACAAGCCAGUCCACGCGGAGUACCUUCGCCAUCUCAAGCUCAGCUGCUCACCCACCAAUGGGAACUCUCUGCUCCCCCCACUGGCAGAUAACUCCCCCCACUCCGGACUGCCUCCCUCCUGCAGAUAGGGGGCGUUAUGCACAGCGAACACCAGGAGCCUCGUGUAAAAUGUAUCUGUAAAAUAGCGUAUUAGCAAACUAACACGUUAAAGCAGAUGUUUGCAUGAAUUCUUGCAGUGUUGACAGAAAAUGUAUGAAAUUUGUAUUAUACGACUUUAAGAAACCAAAGCCAUAGUUCAUAAUAUUUGGUUAAAGAUGCCUUAAAUGGCCUUUUCUGCAACAGUGCUUUGGGGUCAUAAUGUUUAGUUUUUUGAUUACACAGCUCUCACUGGAAAAUUGCAGUUUAUAUACAUUUUGAAUGAAAACUCCAGACACACACUUGAACACUACAUUUGCUGUGUUUGUUGCAAUCUGCAGCUCCAGUGAUCUAGCUGAAGAAACCUGAACUGGAUAAUCAGUUGUUGCAGUAAGAUAAGAUGGUUUGGGACUCCUCUGAGUGUUCUUGCAUAUAUAUAUAUAUAUAUAUAUAUAUUAUUCAUUCUUAAAAUAGGACAUGCCUAAAUCUCACACAGCUGAGACCUGAUUGGUCCAGUGAAAUGUGAUCUGUGUGCGAUUGGCUGAAAUGUGCCCUAUACUGAGCUGGGGAGUGGAUAGGAAGCCCCCACCCGCAGGACUUUGCUUUUCACUUGGGACAUGCCCUCCAGGUUCACGGUUUCUUUUUGGAAGAUAAAGCGCUACCUCGGUUAGACAACCACUUGAAACUACUCUUACACAGCUACCUUCAGCUUCCAUAGCCAAUCCGUGUGUUUUUCUCAUUUGUUAAUUCUGUCGUCCUAUUGGUCGCUUUCUGAAGCAGUCAUUGCCUUGUCCCUGGACCAUACGGUACCCCUGACUGGAGGUGGUUUACUGGAGAUAAUGGUGAAUCUUUUCAUGUGAAGAAGGAUUUCGGUACAUCCCAGGGCCAGCCCUUCUGGGCCGGGGUUAUUGUGGGUAAAUAUACAGUACUAAGCUUCUGCCCUUAUGACAGGACAGCUGUUUAGCUGGGAUAAAUAAAUGUCCUCUGAUGACUGAUGCAAUGCCCGCCACCUGCUAGCAGCCAGCUUGUUGCGUCGGUAUCUGAGCGCGCUGGGGGGUUUUGCUCCCGGCCCAGAGGGAAUUCUGGUUUUGUAUAUCGGACAGCAUGCCUGGAUAUUUUAUUCUUGCCUUAUUUACCAGCGGAAAAGUUGAGAUGUUCUGGUAACGCUCUCUGUUCAUCAGUGGGAAUGUAGGAGUGCUCGUCUUCGGGAGAGAAAUUAUUCUACUGUGGUUUCCCCUUCAGUCACUCACAUCUGCGAACACAGUGACAACAUUCACAAGAAAACAAUGGUUUGUAAAUAUCGAGAAGAUUUUUUUUUGUGUGUGUGGUUUUUACCAAUGCCAAUUUAAAUGCCAAUUUAACAUUUUUGUAAUGGUGUAAAAAAAAAUAACUGCUGUAAAAUGAUAUUCUUUUUAGUCGAAUUAAUUUACAGUGGUGUCACGUGAAAUAGCAGAUGCCUUUUAUGCAGGAGGAUUGCUGGAGCACCCCUCCCCCACCCCCAAACUUGGUUGAGUCUGUGGUCUCCAUAGGAACCACAAUGGGCUAUCUCUCAAUGUGGAUCAGACAGCAGUUGUGUUAAUGCUGGGCUAUAAUCAUACAUCUCUAUUUGCUUGUUUAAAUUACUGGGAUGGUUAGAUUUUCACUGAGAUUUCAAAAGCAUUCCUUCAGCGAGACAGCUGGAGAAGACCUAAAUUCUUUUUCUGGGACUGCAUUUCCUAUGUCAUUGGAGGGAAGGAAACAGCGCCACCCUCUGUCCUUUAAAUGAACUUACUGGUCAAAUUAAUAUGGUCGUAAGGCCUCAUCCCUUUCUGCAGACUACUGUGACUUGGUCUGCAGUGCCCCAUUGCUACAGAUUGGCUGAGAGAGCAAGGGGGGGGCUUUUAGAAAUAGCCACAAGAGGGUAAUGCAAUGCUAACAUGUACUAGGAUACUCUUUCCACCUGAAAAUUGUUUACAAAAGACUUUCCCAGUGAUACAGGUAGACAAGUGUUUUUUAAAAGAGUUCAUCGAAAGUUUGUCAAUUUGACAUAUUUGCGUCAUGCUUUAAAUUGCGUUAAAUUUGGCUUUUCGUUCAACCACGGAUUCAUGCUGAAGUCAGAGGUUACAUUCUGUGAAAUGGGGGACGGUAUUGUUAUUGCCUGUCAGAAAUAAACGUCAAACUUUCA